ACCAUCGGGGCGCCACUCUACCAGAGCCGCCGCCGACUACCGCCGCACCGGAGCCUUCCCCCGCAACCCCGUCGACGACGACCGCUGCGCCGGAGCCUUCCCGUGCAAACCGAUCGACGACGACCGCUGCACCAGAUCCGUCCCCUACUUCCUCGUCGUCGACAGCCGCCGCAACGACGCCUUCCGCUGCAACCCCGUCGACGACGACCGCUGCACUAGAUCCUUCCCCCACUACGCCGUCGAUGACUUCCGCUGCAUCGGAGCCGGUACCCCGUCGACGACUACUGCCGCACCGAAGCCAUCUCCCACAACACCGUCGACGCCUACCGCCGCACCGGAGCCGGGUACCCCAUCGACAAGGUCCCUGCACCGUCGCCGUACCUAGCCGAUGGGAAGACGUCGACGUCCAGUAGCACGAGUACCCUCGACAAACUAGACGAAAGAAGUGUGCGACGAAGAAGAAACCUACCUUCAAGAUGCCACCAGGAGUAAGGAUAUCAAAGAGAGUGAGGGCGGGUGCUCCAACCGAAAUGCCUCCUGGAGUCUCAACAAGGUCAGCGAAAAGGCAACUCAUAGCAGCACAAGGUAAAGGUAAUGCCAUGAAGAACUGCCUCCAGAAACAGAAAACAAUGGUGAUGAAGAUGUGGGCAGUGGACAUUUGCUUCAAGAUAAUGAUGUGAACAGGCCCCCGAGCCAUGAUGCCAACCAUGAAGAGCAACCUGCACAGCAAACCAAUUCUGAUGUUGAAGUACCUAUACGAAGAGGCACAAGAAAAUCAAGGCCACCAACUGCAGGAAUAAUGCUUGACAAGAUGACCAAAGCUAUGGGAAGAAUGCCCAUUGCUGUUGCCGAAGGGAAGAAAAGGCCAGAUGAACCGGUGCAAGCUGCCAAGUUUGCAUCAGAGGCUGGUGUUAUCAUUAGGACUAAAGUUCAUGUCUUCCCUCAUUGGAAGCAGUACAAGGAUGAUGAAGGCUAUAUUAACAACUUCAUGGGCAAGUUAUCUGUCAGGUUGGCCAUUAACCAAAAACACCAGCCAACAAGGGAUGCUUGUGCUGAUGUAUUGCAGAAAGGGAUACGACAAACACGGUAUAAUUUGAAGAAGGCCUACUUCAAUGGAGUACCUGCUAACGAGAUUAGAACUACCUCUCCCAUAAGUAGCAUGACUGAUGAACAGUGGCUGGAACUUGUUGCAAAGUGGUCAAAUCCAAAGAAUAUGCAAAUCUCUGAACAGAACAAGCAAAACCGGCUUAAUGUUAGGUUCCAUCAGGCUACGGGAUCUCGCAGCUAUGCUGCACACUUGCACGCUUACAAGGAGAAGAACAAGGUUGUAGAGCUUGAUGCUGUGGAUGCCUUUGAGGACUGCCAUACCAGUAGGGAAAAAGGUCUAAGUGAUGCUGCCAAAGAUGCAAUUUCAAGUAUGAAAGCUAUUAUGGAAGAACCUGUACCUGAUGGUGAGACACCAAGAACUAGUGCAGAAGUUGUGUCCAAGGUUCUCUCUCGGGACAACUCCAAUACCACGUUUCUGAAAAAUGCCGGUCUGCAGAUGAGCUCCAAGAAAUCAGUGACACCGACAGAAGCAGCACUUCAGGAAGAACUUGCAGCUGAAAAGCAAAGUUCAGCCAUUCUCCAUGCAGAAGUUGUCGAACUAAAAGAACAAGCAAAUCUUGCAAAUGAAGCACUGGCAAAGACUCAAAAGGAGUUGGCAGAGUUCAAGCAGCAGCAGGAAGAGAACAAUUUGCUCCUUCGACGUAUCUUGAGCCUUUCCCAGGGUAACUUAAAUCUGUCCUAGUCUCCUUUAUGAUCUUCUGCACUGUGAUGAACUCUAUCUACUUAUAUUAGUUGUUUGAUGGUUCUGUGAACUUAUUGUCAUGUGGUGGACUUGAUUAUGUGAAAUGAUGUUUGGUGCUAUGGUGGACUUAAUGUCAUCCUAUGGCAAACUUUUGUGGACUUAAUGUGAACAUAUGUGUGCUAGGUUCUGUGAACUUUUUUGUAAUAUGGUGCUAUGUGAAGUUGGUAUAUGUGAUAUAUGUUGAUGUUGGGCCUAUUUGUAA